AUGGGUGAUCAGGCAGCCAGGGUGGAACUGGACUCGCUAGCUCAACAGCUGCGGUCUGUCCUCAACAACCCAGAUGCUUUUGCAGGAGCAGAUGAAGCGCAGCGGCUCGAAGUCAAGCAGCUGGCUCGCGCUGUUUCCGUAGCAUUGGAACAGCCAUUCGAGACAGUCCAGCGACUGGCGUAUUCGGUGCGUCUGAGCCCUCUGGACCCCACGUCCUCCGAUUCUCCGUCCCCUUAUGCGGCGGAGACACACGCGCAUGUCUGGCAGGGGCCAGACAUCCCAGGAAAUACCAGUAUUUCCGGGUGGCAGCCGCUGCCCCUGAUCACGACAAGGGUUGCGCAGGAACACAAGAUCUUUGCGACGCUUGCUGCCUCUGGCAAGGAGCCCGUAGGGCUCGGCGCGCUUCAGAGUGCUACGGGCCUUGAGAUCGGCGUGCUCGAGUCCAUUUUGGACUACCUUGGCACCCAGGAUAUGGUCCGUGAGGUUGAGGUGCGCAAGUAUGCUGCGACCAAGUUGACCAACCUUAUGCUGGUCCCGCUCUUCCAAGAUGCCGUUACCCACUUCCACGACAACUGCCUUCCAGGAUUCGGGGCGCUCAACACGGUGCUGAGCCAUCCGGACCAGUCUCUCAAUGCCUUUAAAACAGGUCAGCAUUCGGAUGUGGACUUUUACACGUGGAUGGAGACCCAUCCGGUCCAGCAGGGUGCUUUCCAUCGGUUCAUGGAAGCGCAGUUUGCGAGUCUCCCAACCUGGCUCGACGCGGUCGAUUUCGCCGCUGAGGUGGGCCAAAAUCUCAGCGACGAGGAUGUCGCAUUCGUCGAUGUCGGCGGUGGCAAUGGCCAGCAGUGUGCACUCUUGAAGAAGAAGGUACUGGAGCUCAAAGGCCGUGUAGUCCUGCAGGACCGUCCGCCCGUCCUGGAAAAGGCACUGUCGGUGGAGGGCAUGGAGAAGAUGAGCUACGACUACUUGACGGAGCAGCCGGUGAAAGGCGCUCGCGUGUACUACUUUCGACAAAUCAUGCACAACAACGAUGAUGAGACGUGCAUCCGUAUCCUGCAGGCGCAGCUCCCCGCCAUGGGCCCCGACAGUGUCAUUGUCAUCGACGAUAAGACGCUGCCUGACGAGAAGCCGCCGCAGGGUGCACCAGGCAUCGAGUACACGGCUGGCCUGAGCAUCGCCAUGAAAGUCAUGUUUGAUGCGCAGGAACGGCGAGCCUCGCACUGGCGAGAGCUGCUGGACAGAGCGGGUCUGGCGAUCAAAGACACGCGGAAGUUUACGCGCUUCGAUGAUUCGGCUAUAAUAGCCGUGAAGAAGUAA